AUGGCGCUGAGCGGGGUGCGCGUGCUGGAGCUCGCCGGCCUGGCGCCCGCGCCGCUCUGCGGGAUGAUCCUCGCCGACUUCGGGGCGCAGGUGGUGCGAGUCGAUCGCCUGUCGCGGGCCGCCGCGGCCUCCGAGCAGGGAGACGUACAGGCCCGCGGCAAGCGCUCCUUGGCGCUCGACCUGAAGCGGCCGCAAGGCACCGCGGUGCUGAGGCGGCUGUGCCGCCGGGCGGACGUGCUCAUCGAGCCCUUCCGCCACGGUGUCAUGGAAAGACUUGGGCUUGGCCCAGAUGUCCUUCUGCAGGAGAAUCCCAGACUCAUCUAUGCUAGACUUACUGGGUUUGGCCAGACAGGAAAAUACGCCAAGUCUGCGGGUCAUGACAUCAAUUACUUGGCUUUAUCAGGUGUGCUGUCAAAGCUGGGUAGAAAGAAUGAAAAUCCUUACGCACCUGUAAACCUUCUGGCUGAUUUUGCUGGUGGAGGUGUCAUGUGUGCACUGGGCAUUGUUCUAACCCUCUUUGAACGUGCCAGAUCUGGCAGAGGGCAGGUCAUUGAUGCAAGUAUGGUAGAAGGAGUAGCAUACCUAAGUUCUUUCCUGUGGAAAUCACAAAAGGUGGGACUUUGGAACGAACCUCGAGGUGAAAACCUGCUAGAUAGCGGUGCGCCUUUUUAUGAAGUCUACAGGACCUCUGAUGGGAAAUUCAUGGCUGUUGGUGCCAUUGAGCCUAAAUUUUAUAACCAGUUAAUAAAAGGUCUUGGGCUAAAUUUGGAUGAACUCCCUGCUCAGAUGAGUUUAUUUGGUUGGCCUGAAAUGAAGAAAAAAUUUGCAUCCAUAUUUGCACAGAAGACACAGGCUGAAUGGUGCAGCAUAUUUGAUAAUACUGAUGCCUGUGUGACCCCUGUUUUAUCCUUCGAUGAUGCUGCCUCACAUCAGCAUAACAAAGAAAGAAGCUCUUUUAUCAAAAAUGAUCAGGGAGAGAUAAGUCCUCGACCUGCUCCUGUUCUAUCAAGGACGCCUGCUGUUCCAUCACGUAAAAGAGAUCCUUUUAUAGGAGAGCACACAGAAGAGAUACUUCUAGAAUACGGGUUUACUAAGCAGGAGAUUGCUAAACUUUAUUCUGAUAAAGCAAUAGAACUCAAGAAGCUAAAAGCUAAUUUAUAAUCUCUGACUAUGAAUAUCAGAUAAAUUUCAGGCUGAUAUUGUAAGUUUUUAUGCUUUAAAAUUUAACUAUAUGACAAAAAAGUUUGCAUAAUAUUGCUUUUAAAUA